UAUUCCCGCCAUUUCUGUCUUGCCUGUCUCUCUCGAGCCAUCGCAGCUUUCUUGAGAUUCCUGGCCAAUAUUUAUAUUUCUGCAUUCGUAAUCCACAAGACGGUGACAAUUUAUUUAAUUUCAUUAUUUCAUAUGAUCGGAAUUUGGUGUUUUGAGGCUAAAGACCAGACUGCUCGAGUUUUUAUCGGUGUAUUCACAUCUUCAGUAGAUAGUAAAUAAAACAUAAUGCGUGAGUGUAUCUCAGUCCAUGUCGGCCAAGCCGGAGUUCAGAUUGGGAAUGCUUGUUGGGAGUUGUAUUGUCUCGAGCAUGGCAUACAACCUGAUGGUCUCAUAACCGAAAAGACUGAUAACAAUGGCAGAGGUGAUGAUUCCUUCAGUACCUUCUUCAGCGAGACAUCCAAGGGCAAACAUGUUCCUCGAGCCGUGUUCGUUGACCUCGAACCCACCGUGGUUGAUGAAAUCCGUCAUGGGUCGUACAAGAAGCUGUUCCAUCCUGAACAGAUGAUCACCGGAAAGGAGGAUGCUGCUAACAACUACGCCCGUGGUCACUACACUGUCGGCAAGGAAAUCAUUGACAUUGUCCUCGAUAGGAUCAGGAAAUUGGCUGAUCAGUGCACUGGAUUGCAGGGAUUCCUGAUCUUCCAUAGUUUCGGAGGCGGUACUGGGUCUGGCUUUGCCUCGCUGUUGAUGGAACGUCUCUCCGUUGACUACGGUAAGAAGUCUAAGCUUCAGUUCUCUAUCUAUCCUGCUCCUCAGGUCUCGACAGCAGUUGUAGAGCCAUACAAUGCAGUCUUGACCACUCACAACACCCUUGAGCAUUCUGAUUGUGCUUUCAUGGUCGACAACGAAGCCAUCUACGAUAUCUGUCGCACUAAUCUUGACAUCGAGCGUCCCUCUUACACAAAUCUCAAUCGUCUUAUUGGACAAAUUGUUUCUUCCAUUACGGCGUCUCUACGAUUCGAUGGCGCCCUCAACGUUGAUCUAACAGAGUUCCAGACCAACUUGGUGCCAUAUCCUCGGAUCCACUUCCCACUGGCCACCUAUGCUCCAGUGAUCUCGACAACCAAAGCAAUCCAUGAGCAGCUGAAUGUGGCUGAGAUCACCAAUGCUUGCUUUGAGCCGAAUCAACAGAUGGUGAAGUGUGAUCCCCGCCGUGGUAAAUACAUGGCCUGUUGUCUUCUAUAUCGAGGUGAUGUGGUUCCUAAAGAUGUAAACUCUGCCAUAGCAAUCAUCAAGACAAAGCGCAACAUCCAAUUCGUCGACUGGUGUCCAACUGGCUUCAAGGUCGGUAUCAACUACCAGCCACCCACCGUGGUCCCUGGUGGCGAUCUCGCGAAGGUUCAACGUGCCGUCUGCAUGCUGAGCAACACCACGGCCAUCGCUGAAGCUUGGGCUCGUCUCGACCACAAGUUCGAUCUGAUGUACGCCAAGCGGGCCUUUGUCCAUUGGUACGUUAGUGAGGGCAUGGAAGAAGGAGAGUUUGCAGAGGCGAGGGAGGAUCUAGCAGCUCUGGAGAAGGAUUAUGAAGAGGUCGGUGUAGAUUCCGGCACAGGAGAGGAUGAAGAAGACGCUGACGAGAUGUAAAUCCAUCACACUACAUGCAGCUGCUGGCUUGCAUAGUUAUAAAUGAAAUUAAUUCAAAUCUAAUUGGUAAAUUUCAUUAAAAUGAAGUAAAAA